AUGGGUAACUCUCAGUCACCUCCAGCAGAUCCUCGUUUUUCUUCUGCCACCAGAGCAUUUACUCAAAAGGAACUUGAAGACCUCCAAUCGUUGUUUGUAUCUUUGGCUGCCCAAUCAAAGAGCAAUAAUGAAUACAUAUCCCUCUCUGUUUUUCAGGCUUAUUUUGGUUUAAAGGGUUCUCUUGGAGAGAGAUUGUUUGAUUUAGUUACCCAACAAGGAAAAGAUAACAAGCUCACCUUCCAUGACCUUGUUAUUGCUAAAAGUGUUUAUGAGAAAGGAACAAGAGAUGAUAUUGAAGAGUUUAUUUAUCAAUUACUUGAUGUAACAAGCGAUGGCAUUGUGGGGAGGUGUGAUAUUGAAUCUGUCCUAGCUGCAAUUUUGCAGAGUAUAUUUUCCCUGGAAGUUUCUGACCGUGGAUCGAGUUCACAUCACGACAUUAUUGAUGUAUUUCUUAAUGCUGCAACUUUUUCAAAGGAUGUUCAAGGAGCAGCUGAGAAAAGUAUGUCUUUUGAGGAUUUCAGAAGUUGGUGUGCUCUUCUCCCAUCAGUCAGGAAGUUCCUUGGAAGUUUGUUAAUACCACCUGAUGCAGGAAGGCCAGGUUCCCAAGUUCCUAAAUUGGUGUACGGGGAUAACAUUGAUCCUGAUUUGAUAUUAUUGAAGGAGGAAUAUGCUUGGCAUAUAGGAGGAGCCCUUCCUCACCAGGAGCUGGAGGAGUGGAAACUUUUGUACCAUAGUGCUAUUAAUGGCCUGAGCUUCAAUACAUUCUUGGGAAGCAUAUCAAAUGGUGAAGGGCCGACGAUAUUGAUUGCUAAGGAUAAAGAAGGCUACAUAUAUGGAGGUUAUGCUUCUCAACCUUGGGAGAGGCAUGGUGAUUUCUAUGGAGAUCUGAAGUCAUUUCUCUUUCAGCUUUACCCAAAGGCAUCAAUUUUCAAGCCCACUGGAGCAAACAAUAAUGUACAAUGGUGUGCUGCGAAUUUUAGCUCAGAGUCCAUCCCAAAUGGUAUUGGUUUUGGAGGACGUGUUAAUCACUUUGGCCUGUUCCUCUCAGCAAGCUUUGAUGUUGGUCAUACCUUCACUUGCACCACGUUUGGUAGUCCUUGCCUCUCCAAGUCAAAUCGCAUUUUCCCUGAAGUGAUAGAAUGCUGGGGAAUUGUUCAAAAUGGAGCGCAGCAAGAAAAAAAUGGUGCUAUGAAACGUACAGUGUUAGAGAGAUUUAAGGAGGACCGACACAUGCUCAACAUGGUGGGGCUUGCAAACUCAAGCGAGUAA